AGGGCCGUGCACAGUCGACAGUCGUAAUCAAGCCACGACAAGUAACGGUACAGCGAGCGGAGCGGCAAUUUCUUUGAUUAUUUUCGAUUUGCACAUCAAAAAAUAACAUAAAAAAAAAAACGCAAAAAAAAAUUGAAUCCACGUGGUCAAACAGAGAAGUCGCGUCGCGUGUCCCUCAACGUAAUAUCCAGUUUACGCUUGAGGAUAUUCCAAUACAAAACACUUGCACGCAGCAGUUUUAGGAGCACUGCUUUGACAUGCCCACACAGAAUAGCGCCCUCUGGCGGCGACGAAGUAAUCGCGGCUUAUUCAUUGGCAUCUUUGGCUUUUGCCUUGGACUCUUUGGCAUCAUCUGCGGCAUGUUCUGGGAGGAUUUAUUCAAUUGGAUCAAGCAUAAGGAAAUGGCACUGGCACCCGACACACAAGUUUACGAGAACUGGAAGACGCCACCAAUUGAGCUGCACUUGGACAUUUACAUGUACAACUGGACCAAUCCCGAAGACUUUGGCGAUUUGAGCACCAAACCAAUACUGCAACAACUGGGACCUUAUCGCUUCAUUGAUAAACCCGACAAGGUCAACAUCACCUGGCAUCCAGCGAACAAUUCGGUCACAUAUCGUCGUCGCAGCUUCUACUACUUUGAUGCUGAGGGAAGCGUUGGCAGCUUGGACGACCAGGUGACCACACUCAAUGCAGUUACACUGUCAGCGGCAGCAACAGCCAAGCAUUGGAAUCCCGUCAAACGCAAAAUCGUCGAUACGGGUCUCAAGAUCUACAAUCGCGAGAUCUCGGUGACCAAAACAGUGGAUGAAAUGCUCUUCACGGGCUACAACGAUGUCAUGAUCGAUGCAGCCAUGGCGUUGCCCAUUUUUGGCGAUGAAGUCAAGGUGCCCUUCGACAAGUUCGGUUGGUUCUACACGCGCAAUGGAAGCGCAGAUCUAACGGGUGUUUUCAAUGUGUUCACGGGCGUGGAUGAGCUGUCCAAGUUAGGCCAGAUGCACAGUUGGAACUAUCAGACGCACACGGGCUUCUUUGACUCGUACUGCGGACUAACGAAUGGCUCCGCUGGCGAGUUUCAGCCGCCACAGCUGCAUCCAGGGGGCAGCGUUGGUCUUUUUACCCCCGACAUGUGUCGCACUCUGCGUUUGGACUACGAGGAGAUGGUGGAGAUUGAGGGAUUGCAGGGCUAUAAAUUCACAGGCGGCCCACGCUCUGUGGAUAAUGGCACGCUCUACCCGGAGAAUCUGUGCUUCUGUGGCGGCGAAUGUGUUCCCUCGGGAGUCAUGAAUGUCACCGCCUGUCGCUUCGAUUCCCCCGUCUUCAUGUCCUAUCCGCACUUCUAUAACGCCGAUCCUUACUAUCUUGAUCAGGUGGAGGGCUUGGAGCCCAAGCGAGAGGAUCACGAAUUCUAUAUGGUCUUGGAGCCACGCACUGGCAUUCCUCUGGAGGUCGCUGCUCGCUUUCAGGUCAACAUGCUGGUGGAGCCAAUCGAUGGCAUUGAUUUGUACACGGAUGUGCCACGCAUCUUCUUUCCCCUGAUCUGGUUUGAGCAGAAGGUGCGCCUCACACCAGAGCUGGCCGAUCAGCUGAAGUUGCUGCCCCUGGUACUGUUGGCUGGCCAAAUCUUUGCCGGUCUCUGUCUGGCCAUUGGCAUUGUGUUGCUCUGCUGGGCGCCAGUGCAGCAUCUGCUCAGCUCUUGCCGCACUCGACAGUACGAUGUGAAGAUGCAGCACAAGAGUAACGGGCAGUACAAGAGUCGUUCGCAGUUCUCCAGCGCGGAGGAGCUCAAGUCGAAGGCCUCCACGUUGCUAUGCGAGGAGAGUGCAGGCAAAUCCUUGCUGGAACAGAAUUCCAAGCCUGCCACAUUGAUACCAAAGUCGCAGACUGGCGAGAGUGUUGUCACAGCCACGACACCACUUAGCGAGACGCCAGAGAGCCAAAAAGAUUAACUAUGCGGUGAUUAGAUCAACAUUGCUAUAAUCCAUCCUAGUGCUUUACUUAGUUCUUAGUCAGUUAGCGUAGAGAAAGUCUCCCUCAUUUUGUUUUUCGCAUUCAGCAUCAUUCAGUGCCAAUGCCAAAGAUAAGUUAACAGUUGCUGCGGGCAUUUGUGUAACUUACGAAUACUCCAUAUAAAUCUAUAGAAAUAUAUCUUAAAAAAUGUAUCUAGCAUGUAGUUUUAGUGUGUGAAAUGUUUAGAACUUUUGAUGAGCCAGAUUUUUUAUAACAAUUUUAUACAGUUUAAGCACAUUUUAUAUGCUAAAAUAAAUAUA